GCAGCAGGGCACGUUAUACACAGACACUUGUAUCGAGAUGAAUUGGCCGCUUCUAUGUGGAUUUGUCACUCAAACAGCCCCGCUCGGACCUCUCGCCAUAAAAGUGCACUAAAUGCUGAACAUGGCAACGACACUGUCACACUUUUUGUUGCACUUCGACAAUGUGGGCGCUCUUAACAAAGUUGAAUUUCCAAUAUGGUUGGAGAGGUUGUUGUUGUCGAGCGGGUUGUUGUCAUGUCCCCGCAGUGCCUGUAGUGGUGCUGUGAGGGAGUCUGCCGUGGAUCUGACAAAAUCCUUAGCACCCUACCUACUGCUUAAAAUUUGAUCGGGCGCUUAUUUCACAUGCAUCCGAAAAUCAAGUCGCGCCUGGCUCGAUGAAGAUCACUCUUGUUAAUCUAUCUCGGGACAUCGAUGCACGAAUAGCCUAGCGGAUCGUAUUAAGACAUUUCGGCCGUCUAUCUGGGGGCGAAUACCGUACAGCGGCCCGUACCAAUUCAAGCUGAUGUUGUCAAGGACAAGAGUCACGUGAUGUAUGAAGGCAAACACAUACAUUUCUCAGAGGUGGACAAUAAGCCGUUGUGCUCAUACAGCCCAAAGCUCUGCAAGCAGCGCAGACUCAAUGGCUACGCUUUCUGCAUUCGGCAUGUUUUGGAAGACAAGACCGCCCCCUUCAAACAGUGUGAAUAUGUGGCCAAGUAUAACAGUCAGCGGUGUACCAACCCCAUCCCUAAGUCAGAGGAUCGCAGGUACUGUAACAGCCACCUGCAGGUCCUCGGCUUCAUCCCAAAGAAGGAACGGAAGAAGAAACACGAUGCUCUGGAGGAAAUGCGUUCGCGGGCCCACCUGGAGUCGGUGGCUCUGAACAUAACACUGCCCUCCUUACCUUUACCCUUGGCUUCCAACGGUCUGAACGAACUUCCGCCAUCGCCACCCUGUUCGCGUCUACUAGCCCUUCCCGACGGGGAACUCCUGGAUCCAUUUACCUUUUACGAGGAUGAUACGGACGGGGAGGAGAUUGGUCCUCUUCGUAAAAGCAACGCCAUCAAGAAGAAGUUGCAGAGUCGGCUGGUGCUGAACCAGAAAAUCUGCCGGGACGUAGACCCUUUCCAGACACCUUCUGAGCACUUUAGUCCCACCCCUGUGCCCCGUGUGCACCCCUCCUCUCCGCUCAACACGCACGCCCCACGGCAGCAGUCAGGUCUUAUCCAGCCACCCCCUCAGCAGGGUCUAUUAUGCAAUCCAGCACCACCUCAGACAGUCAACUACUUGCCUCCUGGGACACCCGUUAAUGCAACACCCAGUCCCGCGCAGCCAUCGGGGCCGUCGCUCAGCAGGAAAACACCUUUUGCUUCCAAUCACGUGGUGGUCAUGCGGCCCACCUCCUACUCGUCGUCGGCCCGCUGCCUAGCCAGGUUGCAGCAUUUAGUACAGCUUUGUGCUAAGAGACACCAGGAAUACGGAGACUUCUUUCCUCAUUUAGGACUGGACUGGUCGGAGGACAGUGCUGACAAUGACGAUGAUGAUGAAGAAGACGAAGCAGAAAGAUUUAUUCCAGGCUUGAGCAGUUGGAGACCACAGAACGGGUCGGAGGACGACACGGGCUCCUCGCGAAGUACGCGAUUGCUGAGACUUUGCUCAUACUUGCAGCAGAAGUACAAGCACAUGUGUAGGCAGGAGAGGGCGAGUAUCCGCCAGAAAAGGUACCGCUACGCUUUCCGCAAAGCGUUGGUGCACGCUGCCAGUAAAGAUCCAGACUGUGCUGGGCAGCUUGUCCAGGAGAUGCGUGGUGCCUCUCAAAGCCCCUCAAGCGCUGGUUCAGGGCGUCACCACGGUGGGGCAACUGCAAGACUCCACAACAUGGAUCCAGGCACGUGUACAGGCAGCACAAAAGGCCAGGCCUGCGACAACCGAGCGCUGCCCUUCACUAAACAUUGUUUUCAGCACAUUCUGUUGAAUCGCUCACAGCAGCUGUUUGCAAGCUGCACCGCAAAGUUUGCAGACGGUCAACAGUGCUCCGUUCCCGUGUUUGAUAUCACGCAUCAGACGCCACUCUGUGAAGAGCAUGCCAAAAAGAUGGAUAACUUCCUACGUGGGGACGGCAAUCGGCGAGUGCAACAACACCAUCACCAACACCACCACCAUCACCACCACCAGCAACAGCACCAGCGUAAGCCACGCAAAAAGACCAAACCACCGGCGCUCACCAAAAAACACAAGAAGAAGAGGAAAUUGCCACGGCGGCCUCAGAAACCCAUUCCUCCCGCGCUGCCUCAGAGCUACCUGGGACUGCCGACAAUGAGCCUCGGCGUCUCUACACAGGCCAGCAUCAGGAGCCCAUCGACUCCAGAAUUGAGUACAGAUGAACUUCCUGACGAUAUCACCAAUGAAAUGGAAGACAUUCCGAAUGACCUCGAGCUAAACCAGGAGGAUUUUUCUGAUGUUCUACCCAGACUACCUGAUGAUCUUCAGGAUUUCGACUUGUUUGAAGGCAAGAACGGGGAGUUGCUGCCCACCACAGAAGAGGCGGAGGAGCUGGUGCGCGCCUUGCAGGCCAUGGGGUCCUACCCGGACUCCUUGGUAUGUCUGACCUCCAUAGGAGACCUCGCCCCCUCAGAAGGAGUGGACCACCGAGCCAUGACGGUCUUUUCCGGCGCGGUCCAACCGGGGGGCAUGGCAGACAUCCUUCACAGUCGCCUCCCGACGGACAACUUUCCAAGCCUGGAACUAGAGGACAACAUACUGCAGUCCACGGCGGGCCACUUCCCUCCAUCGUCGCCAUCUCAGCCCACGGACCUUCCCCAAACGUUACCUGCCUCCUCUGCGGCACCUCUCGCUCAGGCCCCCGAGCGGACGUUCACCUGCACGCGCCCACCUCACAUCCUGGCCAAGUCGGAGGCGGCCACAGCAUCUCCGUACAGCGACCAAAUCCCCUCCUCACCCCAAGACAGCCCCUUCCAGACAGACGCCCCUCUGCUGCUGGAACCCCCGCGUUCGUCGUGGAACAACCUCCCCCUCGCCGACCCGGCGCAGUUCGGUAAUCUCAUGGCGGCAGAGAGUCAUCUCAUAUCAACAUCGCUGUCCACCCCUCCGGCCGGCGCCCACGGCGUCAACUCUGUGACGCUGCAGCCUCUGGCCGCGCCCCUAGGACCUCUUUCCUCAUCCCCGCACGAUUCCCUGACCUCCCUUCAGCCCAAGCAGCAGCUCCCGCAGUUCAGCGCCGCCUUCGGCCACCAGCUGGCCUCGCACAGCGGCAUUCCUAACGACCUGCAGCCCAGCCACAGUUCCACGGCGCCACCCGCCGGCUUCUCCAUCGUUAGUGCCACCACUGCAAGUGCCAAUAGCGCCUCCACCCCUUUCACGCAGAGUAACUAAUCAUGGUUUUUGCAUUAUAUUUUUCAUGUCCUUGAAAAUUGUUGGGUACCAUUGCUAGCAAUAGGAAUCCGGUCUAUUUGAACUGGGAGGGUCAGCAACGAAUGGAUGAUUCUCAUGAAGCUAACAUAAACUAUGUCUUUGUAGAUUUUAGGUCAUGAAAAUGGUGAAAUUCACUGAAAUAGUUCAUUUUUAGUUGAAAGAUGGUUAUGUCUAUAAUGUGGCCCAGUCCACGAUUUGUUACCAAAUUAGUAUUUUGUAUGUUUUUUUAACUGAUUUUAGAGUAAAUUCAUUACUGUAAUGGGUCCAUGAAAAGCUUUGAUGUUUUCACCUUAAUACAGCUCCAUACGUAUUCAAUUCAUUUAAUUAAAACAUAUACAUUUGUUUAAAACUAAAUAAUUUAGCAGAUUAUGAUAAGAUAUAAUGGUUUCUUACUUUGUAUAAAAAAUAUUUAAGAAAAAUCUAGUGUCCAAGCUUGCAGUUUUCAUUAUUGUUGCACCGAGUUCAUGAUCGUGUCAUAUCACCAUGUAAGACUUUUGUUCUCAAGUUCUAAGUGGUAGUUUUUUUCGUCGCAUUGACAUAUAAAAACAGUUUUGUUUCCCAAAAAGUUUGGGUUUGUGGUCACGACUUUGAAAUUCUAUUAUCCACUUGUCUUUAUUGUUGUACUUUCUAAUGCUUUUAUAUACGGUAUACAGGUUGUGUAUAUUUUCCUCCUUUCUCUAUAGGGCAUGGCAUUUAACAAAUAUUUUCUUUAUAACUAGGACGUAAAAUCGGAAAGCUUUAAUAUAGCCUCUAAUUUAGUUAAACCAAACUUUAACCUGUUUUGUUGGCACUUUUUCCAUUUAGUUUGGACCCAGGCAACACAAAAUUAUUACAAGCCAGGAACAAUUUUUUUCUGUAACAUUGUGUAAUCUGUGUUUUUUUUUGUUUGUUUGUUUGUUUUAAAUAAUUCUGACCCAUAGUACACCACAAAGAUGGCUACAGGGGAAGCUUGUUUGACCUUUUUUGAUAUGUUAAAAGUUAAUGUUUACAUAUAUUUGCCUACUCCUCCACAGUAGGUGAUCAUUACCAUAAUGUCUAAUAAUACAUGUUUUUAGACAUUUAUUGUAUUUUACUGUAAAAAUAUUAGGGAGCUCAAACUUACUGAGUCAUCACAGCAUUCUCCUACUUUAAGCUAGCUUUGGUAAAUAUCCUUCAUUACCGUAAUGCAGAGUUUUCAUGAGAAUCACCUAAAUGAUUGAUUAUUUGCUGAUGGGCCUCCCAGUCCAAAUGUAUUGGACGUCUAUAGCCGUCAGAGGCAGCCAAUGAGUUAAGCUUGAUAUGGGAAAUGCUCAAACUGCGUUCCAAAGGCGAUGGCACAUGUCAAACCCAGUGCACACAUUUGAUCAUAAAUUUUUGCACAACGCCAAGGGGUCUCAUCAAAACCUUCGCAGUACAGUACCUUGACUUAUGUGCACACCAACUUAUACAUUUUUAAAAAUUUUACUUUCAUUAGUAGAACAAGUUUGUGCACUAGUAGGGCAGAACGAUUUUAAGAAGAAAUGAUAGCUCAGUCUCUUUGAUCAGCAUCGUCAUGUUUAAUAGAUCAUAUCAUCAGUUUAAUAUAACUGAACUCCGUGAGGUUGGCUUCCGUAAAGUUGGCUCCCCAUCAGAUGCAAAUUUAUAGAAAAAUUGUCAUUUGUUUGUGCUAGGUUUGUGCUCAUUUGUGCAAAAAAAAAAAAAAAAAAAAAUUUGUUUGUGCUGCUAUCGUUUUUGAGAUAUUUAGAAAUUAAUUUCGAGUGAUGACGUGACUCUCAGCCCCCAAUUUACUGCAAAAUGGACCCAAAAGGGUACCAUUCGUUUGUUCUACGUUUGCGCAAGUUGUUGAGACGUUCUCUUGUUAUUGAGAGGGUUGGUACUCUUCAUCAGCCGCAACGGAGUUUGAUUGACGUCAUCACUUGAAAUUGAUAUCUCAAUAUCUAUAAAACGAUAGCACAAAUAAAAAAUUUUACAGCACAAACUUAGCAUAAACGAAUGGCACCAUUUCGCAGGGGUGCUGGAAGUGGGUGCUUAAGAUCUUAUUUUUUCCAAUCUAAAAACAGCCGUUUCGGUCCAAAUUUGUCACACUCGUGCUUUUUCUCCAUACAAGGCGUGCAUAAUGGCAGUACACACGCAUGCUGGAUAGUUUACGUCCUACUACUAGGCUACUACAAAGACAGCGUUCUAUUUCACCUACAGUGUGGGUUUUUGUAUUGGAAAUUAAAGCACCCGCGUGUUAUAAUGCAAAUACCCGCAGCUAGACAGCGCAAUGACACACAUUUGUAAACUAAGAGGUCCAAUACACCUAUGUUGAACACCCACUUUUCACAACACUCAAAUUGCACACAAAUGUCCAACUGCACGGCAGCAGCUCAACAGCAACCACAAACAACAUGGCUACAAUGCAAGCCAUUUGAAGUUGUCCACAGUCUAAAUCUGCAGCUAACUUUUCCUCGCUAGGCACGAUUAUAAACCAUAAUCUUCAUUUUUGACCUCAAAUUGAAUUUUAGAAAAACUUAGCUGUUUUUGUAAAGAAAAUAUUGCUAAUUUGUUUUUGCGCCAUUUUAAUGCCUCCCCUGUCAACAGUUAAUUUUUCCAUUUCAAUAGCACCUCGUUCAACGUGACCUGGUAGCAAGCAAAGUAUCAGGUGGUGAACAUGUAAAUACCCAAAAAUAUAUAGAACAUUUUCACCGUAUAUAUUUAAUCCCCAAAGUUAAUUACUUCAAUUUUUCAAUAUGUUUUAUUGAUUGAUUUUUUUAACGAAAAAAAAAAUUACGAAAACACUGUUUGCUAACCAAAACCAGGGGAUGCCCCAAGACCCCACUUCCCACGCCACUGCCAUUUCGGGUCCAUUUUAAAAUAAACGGGGGGCUGUGUGACGUCAUCACUCGAAAUUAAUCUAAAAAAAACAAUAGCAGCACAAAUGAAAAUGUUUAGAGCACAAAGCAGCACAAACGAAUUACACAAUUUUUAGCUAUUUUAAUCAAAAUUGGGGGCCGGUUGCCCUCAGAUUGACCUAUAAAAGAUUGUUUAAUAUCUCAAAAACGAUUGCAAAAUUUUUUUCAGCACAAACAUAUCACUUAAUUUUUGUGUAAAAUUGCAACUGAUGUAAGGCCAACUUCACGGAGGUUAAUAACUGCCUUGGUCAUUUUUUUACAAAAAUGAUUUUUAAAAAUGUUCGCAAAUAUAAUAAAAAAAAAAGAACAAAUGGUUCCAUUUUUUGAGUUUCCUGAAAAACUCGACAAAAUCAAUUAGGCUUCGAUAUGCAGAUGCAAAUUGACUAGUAUGGCAGAUUUUGAAUAGUUCCUCAACUAAAGUCAAAUGUUAAUCAUGUUUUAGCGGUUAAUAACACCGGGAGAGAGAAACUGUAAAGCUAAACACUAAGAAAGAAAUUUCGCAUAUAGUUCAUUAUUUGAACGCCGGCUAGCUUAAUGCUACUAUACAAUGGUCAACACCAUUAUAUAGAAACUACCAAAAUACAUUGACGUAAAAAUCAAGUUUAAAAAAAUUACGAAAAUAAUCUUGAUCAGAUGAUAUAAAAAUUGAUAAUAGAGAUGUUCCGAUCAAAUAUUUUAGCGUCCGAGUCACCUGAUUUUGACAAUCUUCCGCUACUGUAAAAAAGGGUUGUUUAAAAAAAAAAAAGUUGUAAACAUGUUACAGUCCCACCGUGCCAACUUCAUAAUGUGAAUUACUUUUAAACAAGAUUAACAAAGAAAAAUGCUUGUCUUUAUGAAAUCAGCUCACGUCGCUGAGAACAGCGCUCCCUUACACACACACAAUGAGUUGCCACAGCACACUACCGCAAGUGUUUAACAAGCUAAACGGUGAUUUACGCAUUUGCCGUCUUUGAAGGUAGCGAUUCCAAGCUUCUUUGGCAAGAUCAAAUCCUCAACGCCUGUCAGUCACAUACCUAUCAACCCAAGGCGAUUGGCAAUCUUACAAAUAGUGACGUAUGCCCUUACAAAUUAGUGACUAAUCUUACAAUGUUGUAUAUAGCGUGCAAUAUGAAACAAAAAUAAAACUCAGUUUUUAAAAUAAUACGAAUUUUUGGUAAUAUUAUAACAUAUAACCUGGUGCAAUCAAAGAACAACAUCUUCAGCUACAUCAUGAUGACUAAAAUUUAACAGUGACUUUUAUUAUAAUUGUAUGUAGCACUUUUGGCCAUUUCUAUCAUGUCUUUUGACGGCUGCACUUCAGCUCGCAAUACAGUUUGACUUGAAGGUAGUUCGUUACUAUGUCCAAUUAUUAAAUUAAAAAGGUCAAUUGAUAAAAUUAACUUACCGAUGCAAUCUUUGAGUCAGGGAACAUUUGCUAAUUCUGAGAAGUGAUCAGCAAUAGUUGCGGGCAAAUUGUGUUCGGCAACAAAUUGGCAGAAUAAAAUCUCCGCUUUUUUCACUUUUCAUUCUGCAGGCUUCAUCUUUAUGACCAGUGCUGUUAAUCUUACUUUUAAAAAGUAAUUAAUUACAGUUAAAAAUUGCUUCUCCCAAAAAGUAAUUGCAUUAGUAACUUAGUUACCUGAAUGUAAGAGUAAUUAGUUACUUGGCAAAGUAACUGGUGUUACCUUUCAUGUUUAAAAAAAAAAAAAAAAUUCAAAAAAAAAAAAAAGAAAACAAAGAAACAUAUUAACCUUUGCUAUGUUUGGAAGUCAUUUAAUGUUGUGAAUCAACCGUUAAAGUUGUUAAAAUUGCUCCCGUUUUUGCAUUAGUUCCCUUCUGUCUACUUUCGACAUGCGAAAGUUUUAAAACUUUCAUCAUUUAAAGAUAGAUUCAAGUCAAGAUUUUGCCAAUUUAGGAGUAUUUUAGAUAUAAAGUUACUUAGGUUCGCUAGGAAGGUUCACUAAAACAGAGCGUUUCUGAGAAGUCUACUGCUUUAAGAUGGCGGCUGUUUACCAACGCCGCCGAGUCUGUCAUUUUGCAUGUAGUUCUCGGCGUAGAUUGUAGGGUAUUGGCUACAGUCAGGAAAUAUUGGAGCCAGCUAGCCUAGCAUCGAGUUUGCUACAGCGUCACAACAAACACUCCUCUCUCUCCGUGUCUGACUUUUCUCGCGUCAUUCAACCAAGGUAACGUAUAGCAACGCUCAUCGUCUCGUUGCCGAAACGGUGACAAAAUAAGAAUGGAGAAAAAAACGUAAUGCACGAAAAACGUACAGAUUUUGAACGUACGGCGUACUCAUUUAAAAAUCAGCGCUCACCUGUACAAAUUACGCCGAAACCGUACAACUUGACAGUUAUGCAAUCAUCAUUAACUUUAACAACUCCAAUACACUGCCUAACUGUGAAAAACAGCAGGGAGGAGACUGCAUGAAGCAAAAAAACAACUAUAUAUUUUUUAUUAAAAACCCGAUCCUUUUCACCUGAUUCCGAUCCGCGAUCACGCGAUCGGGGCGUUCCCUAAUAAGAAUUGUGAUUGCUUAUUGGGGAGAUUGCCCAGCUUACUUACUAGUGAGGUGUUAGGCACACGCCUGUUCUCGGAUGGUUGGGUAUCAUGAUAAUUGAGUUAUAAGAUGGAUCAACUCGUAAGUCAAGGUACUGCUGUAAGUGGGGUUUGGUCUGCUUGUAUGAGGCCUUGAGAUUUUGUCAGUCACAAAUUUGUAUUAAUGUGGCUAGCGGACCGAUAACACGAUAGUUGCUGAAUCCCGGAAAAACGUUCAGCUUGGAACGACACAGAUUUCACUUUUUCUUUUUCUUUUUCCACCUGUUUCAUACACUGCUCGUUUAAAAAAAAAAAAAAAAAAGAGAGGGGGGAAACAACCCCCCCAAAAAACACGCUCUUGAAUUACGUAAACUUGUUCAUUAAGUCACCCAAAUACUUUUAAAGCUGUUUUUAUAUGGUGUGUAUGCUGUACAUGUGCUCAUUUAUCCGUUUGGUUCUCGUCUAAAUCUCUGACCUCACUCUCAGCUGCGCGACCCAGUACACAAAAAGGUUAAGCAAAGCAAUAAACACAUUGACGUUCUCGUGUAUGGCGUCACCUGCCAAGUCCGGCGUGCGAUAGAUAGCUAUCCAGGGAUUUCGGUGUCUAUUUCCAAGGUGCUCUCUAUUAAUUUUUAGCCCUUAUUUAACUCCUAAGGGGUGUCCAUUAUAGGGUUCUACUUUUUUUUUUUGUAACUGUGAACUCUGAAUGAUGAAACAGUGGUCAUUUCAGUCCGAAAAAGCAGAGCCUCCCUAAAAUAUGAUUAUCGUAAUUUCCGGACUGUAAGCCGCUACCUUUUUCCUCAUUUUUGUAUCCUGCGGUUUAUAUUUCAGUGCGGCUUUUUCAUUAAAUUAUUUGGGUUAAUAGGUAACACUUUGACAGCGGUGCGUUUUUAUGACACUCAUGGGUAUUAAUGAAUGCUUAUGACAGAUGUCAUCAAGUGUCAUCAGGUAAAUUAUGUCACUAACUCCAUUUACGUCCAGCUUGGACAUUUUACAUCCAUUCAAAAGUGAGAUAAUUUGCCAGAUGACACAAAAUGGCAUCUAUCAUAAGCAUUCAUUAAUGCUCAUGGCAGUGUCAUUUCAUAAUUAUGAUAGUCUUAUGACAGUCUUAUGGCCAUACUGCCAAAUAAAGUGUUACCAAAAAAACAUAACUAGCAAUUAAUGAAACAACUGGAACAGUAACUGAAGAAAUAAUUAGCACAGAACAUGAAUUUUGAUAUGGCGGAAAACACUCGGCUGACUUGAAGUUCCGCUCUGAGACCCCCAAUUUGGCCAAAUUUCAAAAUUGUCCGAUAUGCAUGCGUGAUACAUCAUUGGAAAGCUUAAAAUCUCAAUUUUCUGGAGGGAGAAAAAUUUUGAACAGGAGGGGAUUUAAAAAAAGAAAAAAAAAUUAAACAGCAAAACCCUAUCUGGAGGUGAGAGCACGCGAGAGCAGAAUUACAGACGCCAUGACUUUAACGAGAUAUUAUCGCGUACUUACCUUGUUUCGAUCCAAAAACUCCAUUUAGCAUGUAUCACUGAGUGUCAAGACACAGCUGUGAAUGGCCACAGCUGAAUUUUGGGGGGAUUUUAUGGGUGAAACAUGGUACUAUAACAAGGGUCGCGAUGCAGAAAUCGCAGACAUCAGUAAGUGGUCGAGAUUUUUUUUUUCAUAUACAGUGGGGAGAGCAAGUAUUUGAUACACUGCCUAUUUUGCUGGUUUUCCCACUUGCAAAGCAUGUAGAGGUCUGUAAUUUUUAUCAUAAGUUCUCUUCAACUGUGAGGGACGGAAUCUAAUACAAAAAAGCAGAAAAUCACGGUGUAUGAUUUUUAAAUAAUAAAUUUGCAUUUAACUGCAUGAAAUAAGUAUUUGAUACAUCACAAAAAUCUAACUUAAUAUUUGGUACAGAAACCUUUGUUUGCUAUUACAGAUACCAAACGUUUCCUGUAGUCCUUGACAAGGUUUGCACACACUGCAGCAGGGAUUUUGGCCCACUCCUCCUUGCAGAUCUUCUCCAGAGCCUUCAGGUUUCGAGGCUGCUGCCGGGCAACACGGACUUUCAGCUCCCUCCAUAGAUUUUCUAUCGGGUUCAGAUCUGGUGACUUGCUAGGCCACUCCAGGACCUUAAGAUGCUUAUUACGGAGCCACUCUUUAGUUGCCUUGGCUGUGUGUUUUGAGUCGUUGUCAUGCUGGAAGACCCAGCCACGACCCAUCUUCAGGGCUCUCACUGAAGGAAGGAGGUUGUCAGCCAAGAUCUGGCGAUACAUAGCCCCAUCCAUCCUCCCCUCAAUACGGUGCAGUCGUCUUGUACCCUUGGCAGAGAAGCAGCCCCAAAAAAUGAUGUUUCCUCCUCCAUGUUUCAUGGUUGGGAUGGUGUUCUUGGGGUUGUACUCAUCUUUCUUUUUCCUCCAAACACGACGAGCCGAGUUUAGACCAAAAAGUUCAAGUUUGGUCUCAUCCGACCACGUGACCUUCUCCCAUUGGUCCUCUGGAUCAUCCAGAUGGUCAGUGGCAAACUUCAGACGUGUCUGGACAUGCACUGGCUUCAGCAGCGGGACCUUGCGUGCGCUGUAGGAUUUGAAUCCAUGACAGCGUAAUGUGUUUCCGAUGGUUUUCUUCGAGACUGUGGUUCCAGCUCUCUUCAGGUCAUUGACCAGGUUCUGCCGUGUAGUUCUGGGCUGAUCCCUCACCAUCCUCAUGGUCAGUGAUGCCCCACGAGGUGAGAUCUUGCAUGGAGCCCCAGAACAAGGCAGAUUGACCGUCAACUUGAACUUCUUCCAUUUUCUAAUAAUCGCUCCAACAGUUGUUACCUUCUCACCAAGCUGCUUGUUUUUUUUCCUGUAGCCCAUCCCAGCCUUGUGCAGGUCUAUUAUUUUAUUCCUGAUGUCCUUACACAGCUCUUUGGUCUUGGCCAUUGUGGAGAGGUUGGAGUUUGUUUGUUUGUUUGAGCAUGUUAACAGGUGUCUUUUAUACAGGUAACAAGUUCAAACAAGUGCAGUUACUUCCGGUAAUGAGUGGAGAACAGGAGGGGGUUCUUAAAAAAGAACUAAGAGCCGAAAUAUUUACUAGUUGGUAAUGUAUCAAAUAAUUAUUUCAUGCAGUUAAAUAUAAAUUUAUUAUUUAAAAAUUAUACAAUGUGAUUUUCUGGAUUUUUGUAUUAGAUUCUGUCCCUCACAGUUGAAGAGAACUUAUGAUACAAAUUACAGACCUCUACAUGGCUCACACGUGGGGAAACCAACAAAAUCUGCAGUGUAUCAAAUGCUUGUUCUCCCCACUGUAUUUACUCUUUUGAAGGUUUAAAAAAAAAAAUUUUUUUUUAACAGUUUUUCUUUGCUUGGAUCGAUUAUUUAUCAUCUAACAUAUCGGAGAAAAUGCGAUUGUAACAAAAAAUAAAUAAAAUUAAGCGAUAGUUAUGAGGUAGAUAUCUGACUUUUUUACAGACGCCAUUUUUUUCAUUGUGACGUCAUUUGUUUAAAAGUUUAAAAUAUUCGAGUGAAUAUAUAAUUUUUAGGGCUGUCAAACGAUUAAAAUUUUUAAUCGAGUUAAUUACAGCUUAAAAAUUGUAAUUAAUCGCAAUUCAAACCAUCUAUAAAGUAUGCCAUAUUUUUCCGUAAAUUAUUGUUGGAAUGGAAAGAUUAGACACAAGAUGGAUAUAUACAUUCAACAUACGGUAUAUAAGUAUUUGUUUAUUAUAACAAUAAAUCAACAAGAUGGCAUUAAUAUUAUUAACAUUCUGUUAAAGCGAUCCAUGGAUAGAAAGACUUGUAGUUCUUAAAAGAUAAAUGUUAGUACAAGUUAUAGAAAUUUUAUAUUAAAACCCCUCUUGUUGAUAUCAAUAAUUACACAAUGCUCAUGGGUGCUGAAGCCCAUAAAAUCAGUCGCACCCUAGCGCCAGCAGAGGGCGACAAAUCUCCAAAAAACAACAGGUGGACAUUGCACUGUGCUGUCAUUUUAAUCCGUUUGAGCGGGGCAUGUGCGUUAAUUGCGUCAAAUAUUUUAACGUGAUUAAUUUAAAAAAUUAAUUACCGCCCAUUAAUGUGAUAAUUUUGACAGUUUUUUUAAACGAAAUAUAAGACAUCAAUUAAUGAUUCUAAGCUAAAAAUGACACAUUUUGAAUAAGAAAUAUAAUAUAUACCUUCUAUUUAUGGCUAGGUUGAAACAAGCGGUUGAGCGACAUCUGUAAACGGGGGUUUCCAGGGUAAAACGGACAAAUUAAAAAUAGUUCGGGGGCUUAAUGAGCCAUGAAUCUGCUAUGGCAGAAUAUAGACAUAUAGUUCAAUCAAACACAAAAUUUGUUUUGGCUUAAAAUACAGUUAAAAAAAAUACUUUUUCAGUCUUGUCUGUGUUUUCCGCCAUAUUUAUAUCUGUAGCACUGCAAUGCAUGCUAGGAGGCAUGUUGGACGACAACAGCGUUGACAGCAGGUGGAAGCAGAGGUUGACUGUCUCCCCCAAGGGAGGAGUGAUGACCAAAUGAAGCUUCUUGAAGCAAUGAAACUUUGCAGCCAGUUGGUUCAAAUCUUCAUGGUGGUUCAUUUGGUCUCGUAACAGUCUUAUGAUGCCGCUGUCAAAUAAAGUGUUACUGGAUACUAUCUUUUGGUGUAAAUAUCCCAAAAUACAGUGAGGACAGAUGCGGCUUAUCUAUUAACAAAUGCCGUUUUCGUGUUAAGUUUGGUGGGUGGCGGCUUAUAAUCAUUAUUAUAGUCCGAAAAUUACAGCAAUUUCCACCACUAUCAUGAAUCCACAUUUAAGAAAGUUUGGACACCCCUUGGUUAAACGUACAUUUGAACUGUGACUUUCCCAUGUGUCUCUCACCAGGCAGGUGUAGGGUGACGCUAUUAGUAACCGCUUCAGAGCCAUUGACGGUGCUAGGUGUCCAAUCCAUUUUGACUAGUAGGGCAGGCAUCGAUCAUUCAAAGGCAGCCAAUAAGUUAAAAUGGUUCAGUUCAGUUUUUAGCAGGUUUUCUCGAACGUGAAUAAUUUGGAUUUUCAAUUAAAAUUGGAUGCAUCUUCACAUUAUCGAGUGUACAGCGUAACGGUCUCCACCCAGGGGUUUGUCGGUGAAUUAUUGAGUAGCAAAUGGGCAGAAAUAGUCUUGCGAUGUGUUGAGUGGAACGUGUAGCGUGUAGAACAAGUCUCAUGUUUUUAAAAUGGUGAUCAAACGGGUUGUAAAACUCUCUGGGCCGUCAGAUGGAUUUUGUCUGUUUGCCGUAUACGUCGUCACGUUAGUAGUGGAACUGUUCUGCGGAAGAAUAUUUUUUUAAAUAGCUAUUAAAAACCCCGGGAGAUUGCGUAGGUAUGAAAAAAAACAUAGGAAUAUAUGCGUCUACCAUGUAUUUAGUGGACAGACUUGUUGUUCAAAAUGGAUUUGCACAAAAGUGAAAGGAUUUAAGCCUGCCUUGUUUGUCACUGCACGUGUUUUUUUGUUUUUUAUUCCCAUAUUCGAUUGCUUGUUACCAACUCUCACCCCCAUUGUCAGUUUCCAGCUGUGAGAAGGCCCAGUUCCCUCUCCUUUCCAAAGAGAACCCACAUCUUUGUAGCUCCACCACAGACGCCUGCAGUGUUAUUACAUUAAGUGGGGGGGGGGGGGGGGGGGGGUCUAUAUUAUAUAUUCUUUGCGAGCAAAACAAGGUAAUACUGCUGUAUCCAUAUUUAGCAUGAGUAGUCGCUGCGCCCCACUCUCCCGUCUUAGAAGGAAAUGAACAAGGCUAGUAGGCACAUGUAACUGCUUGUAUUGAGAGAUGGCUGACAAUUCCGUAUUCAUUGAAUGUACUGUCGUAUGGUUUUGAAAGCUAGGAUGAGCUCAAAUCUUAGUCACAUUUUGUUAUCGGUCCUUGUUUGUCUAAGGUAUUUUUUGUAUACAAAAGGUUUACAUUUUUAUGUCUAUUUUUCUUGUGUACAAGUUAUGUAAUAUGUGUACAAACACUGUAUGUAAUAUCUGUAUAUAGUGUGACAAAUUUGAUCUUUUGUUUUUGGAUGUAUAAAUAAACUUGCUGUGAGGUAUUUGCUGACACAAAUAGGUCUUGUUUUUUGUCUGUGUGAAAUUCACCGAGUGUAUACUUGUACUUUUUUCCAAACUCAUUUUAUUUUAGGCGGUGUCUAGGGUUGCUCCUAUCAUGUUUUUUUGCUCCCGAUCCGAUCCCGAUAUUUCCCGAUCCGAUUGUUUUUGUUCUUUUGCUCCCGAUUCAAUUCAUCAUUCCCGAUAAAUUUUCCCGAUCAUAUACAUUUUGGCAAUGCAUUAAGAAAAAAAUGAAUAAAACUCGGAGGAAUAUAUACAUUCAAC